GAGGCACCCUUUUCUCCCUCACCUCUCUCUGCCGCUCUCUUCUUCUAUUCACUGCAGCAACGACAGCAGCGAGAAGGACAAAAGAGGAAAACAGAGACUCUCUAUCUCUCUGCAGCAACUACAGCAUCGAGAGGGGCAAAAGGGGAAAAGAGAGACUCUCUCACUCUGCAGCAACUACAGCAUUGAGGGGCAAAAGGGGAAAACAGAGACUCUCUCUCUCUCUCUCUGAGCAGUAACUACAGCAGCGAGAGGGGCAAAACGGGAAAACAGACUCAAAACUUCUCAACAAUGACGAGCAGAUCUCCCAUAUUUCCAAUGCCAGAACCGCAGCAUUUCAGCGACUACGGCUUCGACCCUCAAAUCGACUAUUUCCAGAUCCUGGAAGAAGCACGGAAGCACAAGCGCGAGUCCCGAUCAAUUGACGCACUCCAUUUCAAGCUCCAAAAACCCAUCUCGAAGGAAGAUUCAAAGAAGACGAAGAAGCGAAAAUGGUGGAAAAACGCGCUUCUGUUCUGGAGAUCCAAGUCGAGAGAAGACAACGAAAGGCAGCAAAAUCGCAACCAUUUUGAAACGAGUCGAGCGAGCGAGUCAUGUUACAGGGCGAUUUCCAGCCCCGUGUAUGUUGUUGGAGAGAGCGGCUUGGGUACGCCGAGUCGGAGUCGGCCGACUUCGGGCCCACUCGCUGGGACUUUGACUCCGACUCGGAAUGGGGAUGUUGAUAUCCCUUAUCUGAGCUUGAGAGAACUGAAUCUGGAGCAUCAUCAUCAGCGGAUUUCGAUUUCUUCGAUGCCCAUUUACUUGGUUACUUAGAUUUUUCUGAUGUAGGUUUUUUAUUUUGCCUCCUUUCUGAGAUUUGAAAGAGAAAGAUGGCAUUUUCGGAUAGUUUCGUUUGAAAUUUAGGAUCUUCUUGUAGUGAUUUUGUAUUUUUCUGUUUUCGGGUUUGUAAUCGGGUUUGAGUUUUUAACUGGAUGUAACCCGAUGAUUUUGACUCGGUUGAUUGAGUCGGAAGUUGGAAAA